AUGGCUUACAACGGUGGUCACGCUGACGACUACGAUGGGCACCGUCUUCAAGACAUGCCUGCCGGCAGCACGCUAAUUCGUACCUCGUCGCAUACAGUAUCAUCUACUCCCCUUGAGCAAGACGAUGAUGAAUCACAGCGUCAUCUCCUAGGACAGACUCCUGGUCUUCAUUACGAACAGGAUCGGCUGGGUACCAAUACUCCUCCUGCACGUCCAGUCUCGGCUUACAGUCUUACCGAGUCGUACGCUACAAAUGCUCCUCCUCCUACACAGUCGCCAGCACCUCAAUAUCCCGGUGAGUUUGCAGGUGGCUACGGUGGGCAUCAGCUUGAGGAUACCGGCUUUGGAUAUGGCAGACCUGCAUCUACUGUCGAUAGCGACGAGGGAUGGCUACGUCGCCAGCAACCAGGCGGUGCUGGCGGUGGUUUAAAGCGUUAUGCUACUCGAAGGGUGAAGCUAGUUCAAGGAUCCGUUCUCAGCGCCGAUUAUCCCGUACCCAGUGCUAUCAAGAACGCUGUACAGGCUAAGUACCGGGAUACUGAGAGCGGCAGCGGUGAGUUUCUCAAUAUGCGAUACACUGCUGCUACCUGCGACCCGAACGAUUUUACUCUGAAAAACGGUUACGAUCUUCGGCCUCGAAUGUAUAACAGACACACAGAGCUUCUGAUCGCUAUUACUUACUACAACGAAGACAAGCAACUUUUUGCGCGAACACUUCACGGUGUUAUGCAGAAUGUCCGCGACAUCGUCAACCUCAAGAAAUCUACUUUCUGGAAUAAGGGCGGCCCUGCCUGGCAAAAGAUUGUAGUCUGUUUUGUUUUCGAUGGUAUCGAGAAAGCAGAUAAGGAAACACUAGACGUCUUGGCCACCAUCGGUGUCUUCCAGGAUGGUGUCGUGAAAAAGGAGGUCAAUGGCAAAGAGACUGUUGCUCAUAUCUUCGAGUACACUACUCAGCUGUCUGUUACGCCAAACCAGCAGCUCAUUAGGCCAGUGGACGACAGCCCCCAGACCUUGCCCCCUGUCCAGAUGAUUUUCUGUCUAAAGCAGAAGAACACCAAGAAGAUCAACUCUCAUCGUUGGUUAUUCAAUGCGUUUGGCAGGAUCUUGAACCCUGAAGUGUGUAUUCUUCUUGAUGCCGGUACCAAGCCGGGACCGAAAUCGCUCCUUGCGCUUUGGGAAGGCUUCUACAACGACAAGGAUCUUGGUGGAGCUUGUGGUGAAAUCCACGCCAUGUUAGGCAAAGGCGGCAAGAAGUUAAUGAACCCUCUUGUCGCCGUCCAGAAUUUCGAGUACAAGAUCUCUAAUAUUCUGGACAAGCCUCUAGAAAGCUCUUUCGGCUACGUGUCUGUGUUGCCUGGUGCCUUCUCGGCAUACCGAUUCCGAGCUAUCAUGGGUCGACCUCUAGACCAAUACUUCCAUGGUGACCAUACUCUUUCCAAGAUUCUCGGACCCAAGGGUAUCGAAGGCAUGAACAUCUUCAAGAAGAACAUGUUCUUGGCCGAAGAUCGUAUCUUGUGUUUCGAGCUUGUCGCCAAAGCUGGGUCUAAGUGGCAUCUGUCGUAUAUCAAAGCUGCCAAGGGUGAGACUGAUGUUCCUGAGGGUGCUCCUGAAUUCAUCAGUCAGCGACGACGUUGGCUCAACGGUUCAUUUGCCGCCUCGCUUUACUCGCUGAUGCAUUUCGGUCGUAUGUACAAGAGUGGUCAUAACAUCGUCCGCAUGUUCUUCUUGCAUAUUCAGCUUAUUUACAACAUCGCAAACGUAUUGUUCACCUGGUUCAGUUUGGCAUCGUAUUACCUGACAACAACGGUUCUUAUGGAUUUGGUCGGAGCACACACGGAACCCGGUCCGACUUCUGCUGAGAAACACGGAUGGCCUUUCGGUGACACUGCUACCCCUAUUGUCAACAUCAUCCUCGAGUACCUGUACAUUGCCUUCCUGAUUCUUCAGUUCAUCCUGGCGCUUGGUAACCGUCCUAAGGGUUCCAAGUGGUCAUAUAUUGCGUCGUUUGGCUUGUUCGGAUUUAUUCAAAUCUACGUCCUCAUCUUAUCUGGUUAUCUUGUCGUAAACGCUUUUCAGCCGCAGAAUCUGCCCCAGGGCGAAAGUGCUGGCGAUGCUCUCAAGGAUAUGUUUACGGGCCAGUCUGAAGUGGCUAUCAUUAUCCUGGCGUUACUUGCGACAUUUGGUUUGUACUUCAUUGCAUCGUUUAUGUACCUGGAUCCGUGGCACAUGUUCCACUCGUUCCCGCAGUACCUGGUUCUCAUGUCGACAUACAUCAACAUUUUGAUGGUCUACGCUUUCAACAACUGGCACGAUGUUUCAUGGGGUACAAAGGGUUCAGAUAAAGCCGAGGCCUUACCAAAGGCUCAGGUUGUAAAGGAUGAAAAGGGUGAAGCUGCCAUUGAAGAAAUCGACAAGCCCCAGGAGGAUAUCGACAGCCAGUUUGAGCAGACAGUCAAGCGUGCUUUGGCUCCUUUCAAGCCGGAACCCGAGGAUGACAGCAAGGAUCUUGAGGAUUCGUACAAGUCCUUCCGAACAUCUCUAGUCGUUGCGUGGUUGUUCUCGAACUGCGCUCUUAUUGUGGGUGUAACUAGUGACAAGCUGUCCACAUUCGGUGUCGGGGGUACUACGUCAGACCGUACGGCACAGUUCUUCAAGUUCCUUCUUAUCGCCACCGCAGCCAUGUCCCUCGUCCGUUUCAUCGGAUGCUGCUGGUUCUUGGGCCGAACUGGAAUUAUGUGCUGCUUCUCUAGGCGGUCUGACCCCGCGACACAACAACAGCAACCCAAGAAGCGGAACCGCCAAAAGGAGCGAAUGGCGCGGAGGGCAGCAGAACAAGAAGCAGCUACCAUAGCCGCCGAACAAGAGGCAGCCAACAUGACAGACCACCGAAAAAUCGAGAAGACAUACCUGCUCAAAGAAUUCAAGGCUAACAACCUAGUCGAGAAAGAGAUACAGCCAGACGGGCACUGUCUAUUCUCCGCCAUAGCAGACCAACUACAAACACGAGACAUACCGCUCGGUCCGGACACAGAGAUAAAAGGCAAGCCGGCAUACAGAGUAGUACGGCAGGCAGCAACAAACUAUAUGGAAGCGCACGCGGACGACUUCGCGCCGUUCUUGGAAGAGCCGCUGGACACGUACGUGCCGAAGAUCCGGGACACGGCGGAGUGGGGGGGCCAACUCGAGUUGUCAGCAUUGGCGAACGCGUAUGCGUCGAGAUUAAGGUGCUGCAGGACGGGCGGACGGAGACCAUCGAGCCGAGCACGGAUAGGGGAGGUGCAGGUGCGGAGAGGCAGAGGUUAUGGCUGGCGUAUUAUCGCCAUGGGUACGGGCUUGGAGAGCAUUAUAAUUCGCUGCGGAGGGUGGAUUAGAAUAUCAGAGAAGAAAUGA